UCCUCUAUAAUCUUACACGAAAAGAAAAAAGCAAUUUCGAAAGACAGUGAAAAUGGUAAGCCAAAGUCACACGACGACGUUUCUCUUCUUCAUCACUACCUUUCUCUUCAUUUCUCGAUCAAUCUCAGCCGUCCGUUUGCCUCCACGACCAAACACUACAACAACCAACGAUCUUGAUUUCAUCCGAACAAGCUGCAACGCCACUCUAUAUCCAGACGUAUGCUUCACGUCACUCGCCAGCUACGCCUCUGCCGUUCAAGACAGUCCGGCGAGGCUAGCCAAGCUAGCAAUCGGCGUUUCACUUUCACAAGCCAAAUCAACGGCGGCUUAUCUUUCCAAACUCUCACGCUCUACCGCCGUGAUUACCUCUGCCGGUGAUGGCCACCAAACUGCUUCCUCCGUAAUCCGCGAUUGCGUUUCGAACGUUGAAGACGCGGUCGACGAGAUGAGAGGAUCUCUCCGACAGCUACGCGACAUGAACGGCAAAGGUGGAGUCCCGGCGGCUCGGAGGUCGGUGGAAACGUUUAGGUUUCAGAUGAGUAACGUGCAGACGUGGAUGAGUGCAGCAUUGACGGAUGAGGACACGUGUACGGAUGGAUUUGAAGAUAUGGACGAAGGAGGAUUGAUUAAGACGACCGUUUGUGACCGGCUCAAGGAAGUGAAGAGGUUAACGAGUAAUGCUCUUGCCCUUGUCAACACUUAUGCCAACAAUGGAGCUCCAUGACCAUGACCAUGAGAGCCCCCAUGUUGGAUUUUUAACUUUGAUUAAGUGUAUGUUUUGAUAAUUUAAUACAUUAUGGGUUUAGUUAUAAAUUUUAAAAUUAGUUUUGUGUGGAAGGAAACUGAAUGUUAAGUGCAAGCUUCUAGAUAUAUAUACUUUGUCUCUAUUAUGUGAAAAUGAUUAUAAUUAAUGAUUUGGUUUUUAUUUUAAA